UAUAUUGCAUCGAUAGGUCCGCGCGUGGUCACACUGUUUGUGGCACAAGAAAAAUACAGAAUUAUUAAAAUUAAAAAAAAGCCUCGCGUUGCAGCGUAAGGGCACCGGUUAGAGAGUGCAAUCAAGAACGCGGCGUUAAAUUGUGCCCAGCUGCUGCUGAUCGAAUCAGAUUCCUGUGCUGUUGUCCUCCUCCUCAAUUGUGUCGGUCGUGGCGUUCGCGUAGCAAAAAUUUCUAUAACAGUUCUCAAUCAAUCAAUACCUCUCUCUCGCUCGCUCGCUCUCUCUGUCUCUCUGCCCUGUCUUUCGCUGUACGUGCGUGCUUUUGUGUGUGUGUGUGUGUCAGUGUUUUUCUGUUUGUGCGUGUGUAGUGUUGUGUCGUCCACUCCUUGGGUGCAUAAUUAAAUUAAUCAAAUAAAUCAAAAAUCAACGUGUUGAAACCGAGAAGAGCAGCCACCGUGCAAGAACAGCUUCAUCAUGACCAUGGCAGGGCAAACAAUCAACGACAGGCUGCUAGCAGCCCGUCACAGCCUUGCGGGCCAAGGACUGGCCAAGUCCGUAUGCAAGGCCACCACUGAGGAAUGCAUUGGGCCGAAGAAGAAGCAUUUGGAUUAUUUGGUGCACUGCACAAAUGAGCCGAAUGUAUCGAUACCUCAUUUGGCCAAUUUACUUAUCGAGCGUUCACAGAACGCCAACUGGGUGGUGGUCUACAAGUCGCUGAUAACCACACAUCAUCUGAUGGCAUAUGGCAAUGAGCGCUUCAUGCAAUAUUUAGCAUCAAGCAAUUCUACAUUCAAUCUCAGCUCCUUUCUGGACAAAGGAACUGUGCAAGCAGAUGGUGGCAUGGGCGUUCCAGGUGGCAGAAUGGGUUACGAUAUGUCCCCAUUCAUACGACGCUACGCCAAGUAUUUGAAUGAAAAGUCGCUCUCCUAUCGAGCCAUGGCCUUUGACUUUUGUAAAGUCAAACGAGGCAAAGAGGAGGGCUCAUUGCGGAGCAUGAAUGCGGACAAACUCUUAAAGACUUUGCCAGUUUUGCAGGCACAAUUGGAUGGACUUUUAGAGUUUGAUUGCCAGUCCAAUGACUUGUCCAAUGGCGUCAUUAAUAUGAGUUUCAUGCUCUUAUUUCGCGAUCUCAUCCGUCUGUUUGCUUGCUAUAACGAUGGCAUCAUCAAUUUACUGGAGAAAUACUUUGAUAUGAAUAAAAAGCUUGCACGCGAUGCAUUGGAUCUCUAUAAGAAGUUUUUGGUUCGCAUGGAUCGUGUGGGGGAAUUUUUAAAGGUGGCAGAGAAUGUGGGCAUUGAUAAGGGUGACAUACCUGAUUUGACCAAGGCCCCAAGCUCUCUUUUGGAUGCCUUGGAGCAGCAUUUGGCCACGCUGGAGGGUCGUAAAGUAUCUGCCGCCAACACGCCCACGCAGUCUUCGAGUAGCCAUCAACGCAAUGUAAAAUCCGCUGUAUCUGCCCUUUCUUCUACCAGCUCUGCUUUCGGCACUGCGGCCGCUUCCAGUAAAUUCGAUGCCACCAAUGGGAUUGAUGAGCAGCUUAAGGCACAGGUUCUGGCCGAAGAGGAGGCCGCCAUGAAUCAGUACAAAUCCAAGGUAUCGUCGCCCACUAGUAGCGGUGCUGCUGGCUCAAGCGCUGCACUAACAAAUCCAUUCCUAUCGUCACCGCCAGCCUCAUCGGCUGGCCAGCCGAUAGUUGAUCUGUUUGGUGCCGCGUCGGCACAGCCCGCUGCUGCUGGAGCAGCGUCCCACCACCACCAGGCGCCACAGGCCACCACCAAGGCCUCUGACGAUUUGUUGCAGUUGGGCAAUCCCUUUGCCGAUAUGUUUGAAGCCAGUGCCAGUGCUGGCGGCGGCGGCUCUAACGCUGCAGGAGGUGCCACAGGUGCUACACUUAAUGCCAAUAAUUUGUGGAUGCAUAAUAACGGUUUCAAUGGCGCUUCAGUCUCCUCCGCUGCUGCAACAAAUGCAUUCGUUUCCGAUAGUAAUUUCUCAUCCGUUUUUGGUAACACGGAACCAACAGCAUCGAUGCCGUUGCCCCCCAAUCCAUUUUUCGAUGACGCAGUCUCUGUUGCACCUGUUGCUGCAACACCCUUCGGCGGCAAGAACAUUUUCAUGGAUCAGCAGCAACAGCAUCAGCAGCAGCAAGAAAUCUUCUACAUGCAACAGCAGCAACAACAACAACAGCAGCAGCUGCAGCAACAGCAACAGCUGCAACUUCAACAACGACAGCGGCUGCAGCAACAGCAACAGCAAGAAUUUCCACCAGGUUUCGAUGCUUUGGGCGAUGUACUGAAGCCAGCUUCAGCCAGCAAUCAAAUGAACGUUGUCGCCACCACAGGUGUCUAUCCGAGCGGCAACAGCGGCGGCAACUCGAUCCUUGCACUACAGCAGCAGCAGUACCUCUUGGGGCAGCAGCAGCAUCAGCAAGUGCCACUGCAACACCAGCAACUCCAGCAGCUACAGCAGCAGCAGAUGCAUAUGCAGCCGCAACAGCCGCAGCCAGCGGGCACUGGGAAGAUAAUUACCGGCGAUUUGGAUAGUUCACUAAUGUCACUAGUUGAUAACUUAAAUAUAAAUAAAACGGCAAGUGCAAAACCUGUGCAAUGGAAUUCACCUAAAAAUACAGCGAAACCAGGUGCUAAUUGGACACCACAACCAAUGGCGGCUACAACUGGUGCUGGCUAUCGUCCAAUGGCACAUGGCAUGACCGUAAGUCCUGCGCCAAUCACAAUCAAUCAUCCGUAUAUACAAGCUAGUUAUCCUGUAAUGCCAAAUUAUAUGCAGGGGAUGCCGGUGAUGGGGCAAGCCCCUUUGACUGGGGUGCAACCGACGAUGAUGUCGGCGCAAAGUAAUUCCUCAACGGGAGCAGCAGCAGGAGCGACGGGCGGCAUCAUGCAGCCCAUGCAGCCGACGCAGAAUGGCAGCGGCAAUAAAAGCGUACCACUGGAUCCAUUUGGUGCGUUAUAAAGCGGCACUCAUCCAAGCCACACACACCCACACUUUAAGCGCUCUAACCUCAUAGAAAGCAGACAAACACCCACACACAUAAUAAAAUAUUAUAAAUUAUAUAUAUAUAUAUUGAAAAAUCUAAAAAUGUUUAUACUAUGCUACACAGAAAUGCUAAAGUAAAAAAAAUGUUUAUGGAAAUGGCACUAAAAGCUAAAAGAACGGAAAAGAAAAGAUUAUAUUAUAAUGUUGAACGAAAAAAAACAAACAAAA